AUGGAGGAUUUCAGAUCCAAGUCAUGCAGGGAUGGCGGCGGGAUGCAGAUUGAGAGCUACUACGGCGGCAGAACUGCGGCGACAAGCAUGCAGGAUCUGAGGUCUUUCAGCGUCAACUAUGCCGGCUCAUCGGCGCAGCCGACCCAGAUAGUAAAUGAGGUGAAGAUGAAGAAAGGGAAAAGCAGCGUUGGGAGCUCUGUUUCGAAGAGCUGGAGCUUCAACGAUCCCGAAUUGCAGAGGAAGAAAAGGGUUGCUGGGUAUAAGGUGUAUGCCGUGGAGGGGAAGGUGAAAGGGUCUCUGAGGAAAAGCUUCCGGUGGAUCAAGAAAUCCUACACCCAGAGGUUGCCGUGGAUGUGA